AUGUCGAGCCAGCAGCAGAUUGAUCCGAAAAAGCAACAGGAGCUUCAACUCCAGUAUAGCAACUUCAAAAACACCCUCCAGCAACUAGCGCAAAAGAUUGGAGACAUUGAACAGGAAGCAGAGGAGCACAAACUUGUCAUCGAUACACUGGACCCCCUCCCGCAAGAACGAAAGUGCUUUCGCAUGGUGAACGGGGUCUUGGUUGAACGCACCAUCGAAGACGUUCUGCCUACGCUCAAGACCAACUCGGACGGACUGAAGCAAGUGCUGGAGGAUAUGUUGAAGCAGUACAAGACAAAGCAGGCAGACCUGGACAGUUGGAAGGUGGGCAACCCUCUUCCUCAUACCAAUGCCUCCAAAACAUUUCGACCAGAGCAGCUGGCAUUUAUACGACUGUAUCUCUGUCCAUUUGAACAUUCAGACGAUGACGAUGACUGA